AUGGGAGGGACAGCAACGAAUUCCUACCGAGACGUCCAGAGAUCUACGUGCGCUGAAUCAAUGGUUAGAUAUACUAUCGAAGAGUUAUUCCACUUGAAACCAAGCGAAACCCUUACGCCCAAUUUUGAUGCCGCGGAAUUCAGGGCCAUGCUUGAAAAGGUCAAGCAACUUCAAGCUUUGAAGGAGGAGGAGUUUCUAGCCCAUCAUGGCGGCCAUUUCAACCGUAGGAGAUCCUCUCACCACCACGGAAAACCCAAGAUCAAACACACCAAGCCAAAGGUGACCACCGACUCCGAUGGUUGGUCUACUUUCGAAGCUAAGAAGAAGGGCAGCGGCGAUGAGGAGGAGGAGGAGAAUCCCAGGGAGGCUGCCCCUGUUCAAGUCGCACAAGAGACUUUAAAAAUCAAGCCAAACAAAAAUAUUUCGUCAUCCAGACCGGCUGACGCUAAGGACAUAAUUACCGACAAACCCACUUUAAGCUUCAACGCGUUUGCAGCGCUUGAAAGCGAAGACGAAGAUGACGAAGAAUAG